CGGGAGUUGUAGUUCUUGGGGCUCCACUGAGGACGCCGGGAAGGACCGGUGGUCCGAGGCCAGUAGUGGCGUUUGUGCUUGGUUGUUGCCGCUGACACCAUGUCCCGCGUGUCAGUGCCCUGCCAUGUGAAAAGCACCGUGGCCCUGCAGGUGGGCGACAUGCGGACCUCCCAAGGCCGACCUGGCGUGCUCAUCAUCGAUGUUACGUUCCCCAGCGUCGGGCCCUUUGAGUUGCAGGAGAUCGUGUUUAAGAAUUACUACACAGCCUUUCUGAGCAUCCGUGUUCGCCAGCACACCUCGAUGUACACACCAGCCAAGUGGGUGACCUGCCUGCGGGACUACUGCCUGAUGCCUGAUCCACACAGUGAGGAGGGAGCCCAGGAGUAUGUAUCGCUGUUCAAGCACCAGAUGCUGUGUGACAUGGCCAGAGUACUGGAGCUGCGCCUGAUUCUGCGACAGCCAUCGCCACUAUGGCUGUCUUUCACAGUGGAGGAGCUGCAGAUCUACCAGCAGGGACCAAAGAGCCCCUCCAUGACCUUCCCCAAGUGGCUUUCCCACCCAGUGCCUUGUGAGCAGCCUGUUCCCCUUCUUGAGGGUCUCCCAGACCCCAGCAGGGUAUCCUCCGAGGUGCAGCAGAUGUGGGCGCUGACAGAGAUGAUCCGGGCCAGUCAUACCUCCACAAGGAUCGGCCGCUUUGAUGUGGAUGGCUGUUAUGACCUGAACUUGCUGUCCUACACUUGAGCCGUGGUUCUUAGCCAAGACGUUGGCCUUCCGUGCCCACCCAGGCCUGGUUUGGGCCAUCAGAGGCUGAAGUGCUUUCCCUCUGCAUUCCGAGUGUUGCCUGCACACCCAUUCUGUCUGGGCCACGUUCACAGAUUCAGGAUUCUUGGGGGUUCAUGUGUUGCUUCAGCAUGAGCUCCCAGCGGGAGUGCACUCUGUCCUCACCUGACUGCAACCUGAAAGUCCUCUUUUUCCUACCCUAAAAACACUCCCGUUUUACUUACUAAGAAUCCCCAUGUACCCUCUGCCUCUCCUGCCAACAUGCACACUCCUGUCUUCUACCUGCACCUCACCCUGAGUGUGGUGGGCUGGGGUGACCUACUAGAACCUGGUCUACCUAACCUUGGAAGGCUGCUGUAGCCAGCCAUGACACUCUUGUAGUUUGGAAGCUUGAGGGAGAAACAAGAGCCGCUUUUCUUCCUUUUGCGCCCCCCACUGGUCUUCUUUCCCUUUGUGUUAUGCGCACAAAAAGAAAUUUCCUGUCUAAACUCUUCUGUGGCUUGCCUAGGGAGCAAAGCUGGGGGUUUGGGCAGCCUGAAUCCCUUGGUCCCUGAGCUGGCUCCUGG